AUGUCUGAUAACAAGAAGCCAGACUGCGGCCAUAGUGACUCAAAUGGUGAAGAUGAUGGAAAUAGAUUCCUGGAAGAAAUUCUAAUGUCUCUGCAGUGGCUGAUCUUCAUUGCUGCCACAGCAAGUUUUCUGGCAUUCCAGUUAAUCACAAACGCCAUUUAUGAGGAGCAGUAUGGGGGAGAUGUGGCUUGGAUAUCCAAGCAGAGCAGGCAGAUGUUCCCGAUCGACGAGGAGGAUGAGGACAUCAAGGAUAAGGAUGUUCAUAACCAUCAAUUAAGGAAGAAGGAAUUUAAGUGUCUGCUGUUUUAUUUCUUCGGUGAGCCUAAGUUCAUGGUGUCUGCCCCAUCCAAAUCUGACAAACCCAAUGAAUGGGAGUGCGAAAAUGCUGCUGAAGAAGCUGCAGGGGAAGAAGAGGAGGAAGAUGGUGAAACUGGAGAGCUGGCCAGAGAGUCAAAAAAGAGCCUGGACCCUGCACAGGGCUCCCCACCGUAGGA